AUGUCUAAUUUGAAGGGAGAACACAUUUCUUUCAUACCAUCUAAUGCUUUCAAUCACUGGAAUGAUGCUUUUGUGCAAUCUAUCCAAACACCAUACGCCGGAUCUGAAUACCGCGAACGUGUGGAAACACUGGUGAAUGAAGUGAAAAUGUUGUUAAGAGAACUGCAAAGUGGAGAUAACGAUCUAAUUGAACGGCUUGAGAUGGUUGACGCACUGCAAUGCCUCGGAAUAGAUCGGUAUUUUCAGGCUGAGAUAACAGAAGCUCUUGAUUAUGUUUUCCGAGUUUGGGAUGGAAGUGUGGGGAUAGGAUUAGGAUGUGAAAGUGGUAGAACGAAUUUGAAUGCUACAGCUUUAGGACUCAGACUUCUUCGACUCCGUCGUUAUCAUGUCUCUGCAGAUGCGUUGAAGAAUUUCAAGGACAGUAAUGGGCACUUCAUUAUCUGCGGAGUAAACAAUGAUGAGGGUGGGAAAAAUACUAGGGAAGAGCAUCUGAUGAGAAGCAUGCUCAAUCUUUUAAGAGUUUCGAGUGUGGCGUAUUCUGGAGAAGUUCUUAUGGAAGAGGCUAAAGUGUUUAGCACUGAAUAUCUUAAAAGGUUAUUAGAAAAUUCUGGAGAUACAUAUAAGAAAAGUUCUCUGAAAGAGGUGGAAUAUGCCCUUGUAUAUGAAUGGCCUCGUACCUUUACUAGAUGGGAGGCAUGGAAUUUCAUAGAAAUCUAUGAGCUGGAUAAUCAAAGGUUGAAAGAUAAAAGGAUUUUAGAGCUUGCGAAAUUGGAUUUCAAUGUACUACAAUUUCAGUACAAGUUGGAGAUGAAAAAAAUUUCAAGUUGGUGGGUGGAUUCUGGCAUCUCCAAGCUAGUUGCAAUAAGGGAGCGAUCAAUUGAAUAUCUCUUUUGGGCAGUUAGUUCAGCGGAUGAAGUGGAGCUUUCUAGUAGUAGACUUGUUAUGGCAAAAGCCACAAGCAUCAUCACAAUCAUGGAUGACAUUUUCGAUGAUUAUGCAACACUUGAGCAACUCAAAUGUAUUACAGAGGCCAUCGCUCAAGGUUGGGAUGUUUCUAUCAUAAAAGACAUUCCAAGCAACCUCAAGACAUGUAUUGAAUUUGUUUUCAAAACAGUUCUUGAAUUGGCAAGUGAUGCUACUGAAAAGCAAGGCCGUGACAUGAUGCCUUUCGUUACAAAAGCAUGGGUAGAUUAUGGAGAAGCUUGUUUUGAGCAAGCACGAUGGAAAAUAAAUGGGUAUUUUCCAACCUUUAAUGAGUACAUGAAAUUUGCUGAAUUAAGUGUAGCAUUUGGACCAAUAUUGUUACAUACCACCUUAUUAGCAUCACGUAUUUUAUGUGAUGAUGAUAUUGAGAAGAUAUACCUUGAUAGAUCCAGAUUCUACCAACUCAUGCGAGUGUGCAUGCGAUUAAUUGAUGAUAUACAUGAUUUUGAGGAUGAGAAACUCCAUGGAAAGACCGCCUCAGCUAUUUCUUGUUACAUGGGUGAUCAUCUUAAUUGUUCAGAAGGAGAGGCAUUAAAUCAUAUCAUGAAACUCAAUAAUGAAUCAUUGAAGGAAUUGACAAGGGAAUUUUUGAAACCGGACAAUGUUAUGUUUGAUUGGGAGAAGAUAUGUGUCAAUAGUACUAGAGGAGUACAAUUUUUCUAUAUAUUUGGAGAUGGCUUUACAUAUUGUCAGAAGGAGAUCAAGAGUCAAAUAUUUAAAGUUUUUGUUGAUCCAAUAGAAGUAUAA